UACUUUGGGACCGUGGGCAAGUCACUUCACCUCUCUGAGUCUCAGUUUCUGCAUCUGUAAAGUGAGAGGGUUGGGCUACAUGGCCUUUCGGGUCCCUUGCUGCUCUAGGUCCAGGGCAGUGUGACUCAGUUUCCUGCACUGCAACACCCUGAGCUCGGCUUCCUUCCCGCCCUACCAGGCCGCAGCCCCUUGACAGCUCUGCGCCUGCGCGAAGAAAUAAACACCCCCCCCCCCGCUGACUCCUCCCCUUCGGAGUCCGGCGGAAAUGGGCCGGGGUGGGAGUGGGGGUGGGGGCGACCUCGGGGGACGCUCUAACCGGGAACUAAAAGCUCUGGCCUUUGCUCGGCCCGGCCGGCCCCAGCGAUGAGCCGAGUCUCGCCGACCCAGAAGCUUCGCAGGGCCUCGCGGCGGCGCCGGAAGUGACGCGAGGCCGUCGGGUGGACCCUCGCAUCCCGUCGGGCCUUGCGGCGGCGGGAAGAUGGCGGCGGCGGGAGCGUUAGAGAAGAGUUUCGUGGAGCUGUGCGGUGCCGAGCGAGAGACACAGCGGCGCUUCCGGGACUUCACCGUCGGCGGCUCCGAACUUGUGGGUUUAUCAGGAACUGUGAAAUAUGUUGAGAGUGCUGGUGGCUUCUACUAUAUAGAAAGCAGCAAGUUGUUUUCGGUCACCAGAAACAGGUUCAUUCAUUGGGUCACCUCAGGCGAUACAUUAGAGCUGGUGGAGGAAUCUCUGGACAUAAAUCUUCUGAAUAAUGCCAUCCGCCUCAGAUUCCAAAAUUGUAAUGUCUUACCUGGAGGUGUUCACGUCUCUGAGACUCAUAAUCAUGUGAUCAUUUUGAUUUUAACCAAUCAUACAGUUCACAGAUUAAUACUGCCUCACCCUUCCCGGAUGUACAGGAGUGAGUUGGUAACUGAGAGUCAAAUGCAGUCAAUAUUCACUGAUAUUGGGAAAGUUGAUUUCGGGGAUCCUUGCAACUGCCAGUUAAUCCCUACAGUUCCUGGACUGGCAGCCAAUUCUACCACUUCAGUUGCCUGGCUUAGCAGUGAGGGGGAAGCAAUGUUUGCUCUCCCUUCAGCUUCCGGGGCAUUAUUUGUCCUGAAACUACCUCCUCAUGAUAUACCUGGUACUGUGUCAGUUGUAGAAUUGAAACAGAGCUCAGUAAUGCAACGUUUGCUUACAGGCUGGAUGCCAACAGCUAUGAG